AUGGCAAUGGAGGUGGAAGAUAAGCUAUUCGCUAUACUUAACACCGCUACCAAGGAAAAUGCGCUGUUUCUUGCACUAAAUACUCUUAUGGAAAUAUUCUGCAGAGUGCGCCAGCUUCCAAAUAAAGUGGAUGAUGAAGCGUACAGAAAAUAUCGGGAGAUGAUUAGUGGGCACUUCUGUGCAAAUGAGCAAGAAAAAGAUAAAAAAGAGAGAAGAGCUAGCAAAAGCGCCCCUAAACGAAAAGGAAUACUAUAUCGAAGCAACAACAUGCAUGAGUGCAAGAGAGCUCUUGCUGGGUUUAGCCUACACCGACUAGGAGUAUGCCUGGGUAGAAUAAUUCAAAUAUAUGCAAGAAAAUACCAAAGAAUAGACAAUGAAGCAAUUUUAAAUAUAGCAAGCAGAAUAUGCACAGAGGCAAAAGAACUUAUGAAUAAUCAAAGCCAGAUCAAGGUAUUGCAGGAGUUUAAGGCACACAUUGUGGAUCCUCUACUUCUGUGCAUUCGGUGCUUAAAGAACUCUAAUCCAGAUAUCAUUCUAACUGCACUUAUGGAUUUGCACAGAAUAGAGUGCAGCUCCUCAGACAAAAAAGCAUGGGUUGAGAUUAUAUCCGAACACGCUGAGCACUUUCCUGCGAAAACCCGUGUGUUUCUAUUGAAAUAUGCAAGAUGUAAUGGCCAUGCAUGGGGCCCAAGCCUGUUCUUAUACUGCUUAUAUGCGGAAAGACUCACUGUUUCGCAGUUCAUAAAGCUAUUUAAAGAGAUUGAAGUAGCAGAUAUUAUGUGGGCUGAAAAUGCAGAGCAUCUGGUAUAUUUUAUGCAGCUUCUAUUUAUAGGCAAAUAUAUUAGCGCCUGCUGUAAAAAAACCGUGCUAGAGCAAUUUAUACAAAAACUAAUUGAUCAGAGCAUCACUUCCGCAUAUACUCUAUCGCUUGCAACAGCCAGAAGCGUCUUUGGACAGACAAAGUGCCUGUGCAUGCUAGGAACGCUUUUAUAUAUUGCAAGAGAUAUGCAGCUAGAAAUAAAAGUCCCUUCUAGUCUCCAGACCAGCAUGGGCUCAGUGAUGGCACUCUUCUACAGGAAGAUAGACUAUUCUCUCCUACAUGGAGCCAUUAAAACCCAGGAGCCGAGCAGCCUAUUCUAUGUAUACUGUGUACUUGUAGAGUAUCCAAACGCAAUACAUAAUAUUAAUGCAGACAGGAUAUUAAAGUCAUUUAAAUAUGGUUCUUCCAGUGGCAGCCCGAUAUUGGAGUAUUUUUACAUUCUAACUCGAUAUGGCGUGGAAUGGAAUAGAGUAAGAAAUAGACCUAUGCAGUGUGGGAUGUGCAGAAAAAAAUACACGCAAAAUACAAAUGAAAGUGGAGGAUAUUUCUCUUUAGAAAAAGGCUAUGAAGAGUCUAUCACUAAUAACCAGAAAUUUAAAAGAAGUAAAAGAGAGCGCAGCUCAUGCCUUCAAGGAACACAGGAAGCAAUAGAAGAUCAAGGACAAGCAGCCUGCAAAGGAAGACAUAAAAGGCCAUACCAACACCAGAUAUGUAGUAUGUGUGCACUUGAAAGAGCGCUUUGCACCCCGCCUGCUAGCAAAAGAAGUAUUCUGCUUUUAAUCAUAGAAGGAAGUGCAGCUGAAAUUAGAACGUAUUUACGCAAAAACUCUAAAACAGUUAAUGGUCUGGCUGUCUUGCUAGAGAAGAUAUAUCCGUUGGUUUCUGUGCCAGUUAAGAGCAAUCAGACACUGAAGCACCUAGACGUAUGCGAGUAUUUCGUAUAUCCAGAACGUGUUCGGCUGCUUCCGUCCAUAGAGCUUGCUCCACAGAGAAUAGAGGAGUUGAAGCACGUGUUCAGUAAGGACGAUGCUGAAAGAAGAACUAUUUGGCUACUUUUUCUUGAGGCUGUGCUAUGGGAUAUAUACUAUGUGCCAAUUGUUUUAGUUGAGGAAUUUCAUUUGCAGGUUCUAAUCCGAUCUCCUGGUAUAUCGCAGAAAAUAUGCAAGAAGCACUGCAGAAAAAGAGAAGAGCAUAUUAUUGAACUAGGAGUUCGAGUUCUUGAAGAGCAAGUUAGCGUCACAGAAGAGGAGAAAUCUAAUGUGAUUGCCACCCUGUGGGCUCUUAGCAGAUCCACCCCCUUGAAGAGCAUCUCUGCUGAUAUUGCAAAUUACCUUUUGAAAAAAAAGAAAAGAUGUAACUCGCAGUCUUUUUCUGACUUUGUGAAGACUUUUACUUCCUCCAUAAAUGAACAAAAACCAAAAAAAUAUGCAAGAAAAAUAGGCGAUGUAGAGGACUGCCUAGAGAGUGCAAAGAAGAUCGUUCAAGAAAUAGCCCAGACAAACAUAUACAGUGAUGGCAGCGAGAUACCUGCAAUAAGUCCGGCUGAGCUGAUGAAGAUGAAAAGCCUGGUGUUUCAACAGACAAGCUGUCUGCUAUUAGAAGAGCAAGCCUGUAUACAGGAGUAUUUUAUACACAAAAGCAUCCCCUAUUCUGUGUACGAGCAGAGCUAUAGACUUGUGUGCGAUGCAAAUACAAAAAUACGAGAGAUAGUAGAUGUGUAUUACACGGAGGAGUUUAAAGAAAGAACUCGCCCAGAAGAAAGCACAAAGAUCUUAAAAGAUUCAUGUGUCUUCUUAGUUGAUGGAAUGCUGCGCACAGUAUACCCAGAAAAAUACUUUCUGUUCUUUAUACUCACAAAGGCAAUAAAUAACGCAAAAGAGCUUUCCUAUCUAGAAAAACAUGCGAUAGUGCACGGCCUAGAGUACCUAUAUGCAUACGACAAAGAGCUAUUUAGAGAGCUAAGCAGGCUGUACAAAGAAAAAUAUACGGCCUUGGAGCCUGGCUCAGAAAAGACAGUCUGGCCUGAGUCUGGAAUAGAGACCUCGCUCUUGGAAACACAAGAACAGAUCCUUAUGCAGCACCAGGUGGCUAUGUAUACAAGCCUUCUAUAUGGGGAAGAAGAAAAAAGUGCAAAUUCUUCUGGCAAGCUUCCUUUAGUACUGCGGAGACACGGGGCGCUUUCUGUAGAAAAAGAGAAAAUUAUUCUUUCUCAGUACCAAAACAGGUUUUUUACAGUGCAAUACAAUUACUCAGAUGUCGAAGCUGUUGUAGAAGAUUACUUUAAAGAAAUAGUUCCUAUUGCAAGUAUGCGCAUGCUUGUGUUCAUAUGCACAGUGCCACCUUCAGAAAAAAUGAAAAUGGUAUCGUGCUGCGCAUCAAGAGACUUUCUAAGGAUAUUUUACUAUGCAUCAACGUCUCUGCCUAUUCCUGCCAAUUACCCGUAUUUAGAAGUAUCUGAAAUUCUUAGGCAAGACAAACAGGGGAAUUUAUCAGGUAGAAACAUCGCAAGCCAGCAUGUAAACCAAGAAAUACAAAUGUAUAUGAAUAGAGAAACAGAUGAUGGCUUCAUAUCCCAUCCAAGUACGGUCCGCAGAACAUUUGAUCUUCUGGCAGCAGAGAAAAUACUGGAGGCUGCUGAAAAGUUAUCCAAGUGGUCGAAGGCUGUAGACAAAACCUGCCAAAUAGACUAUCUCCUCUUGAACACUACCAUCCGCACGGAGCAUUCUGAGUAUAUUGACUUUCUUCAGUCAAAAAAAGUCCUGCACCGAUUCCAGUUUAUCACCUCAAUACAUACAGGCCAUCCACUUGUAGAGGCAAAUGAUGAAAUAGAAGAGAUUCUCUAUGUAUGCACGCGAAGUCCUAAAGACAUAUCUGAGGCGCUGAAUAGAAAAAGAACUCUUUCAAAAAGCGCCUUGCAUGCAAUGGUGCGGGCGCUUGAGAGCAAGUGGUUUAAGAUGCCUGCUGAAUCAUACUAUGUGCGGACAGGGAAGAAAAUAGACGCUCUACAGAACACAAUUCUAUCAGAGUUGCCACAUCCAUUAAAAAAGAGAAGAAGAAGAAAAUUAUCUGCGGCAAUUUCUUUGUUUAAAAUAAGUAGGGGAAUCCACACCUUCAAAGACCCUUUUCUGCUACUGACAGAGCUUGAAGAGGACCUAAAGAAGGAAAUGAAAAAGUUUGAAAUCACAGAAGGGUCGCUUGAAGCAAGAACAAAUAGAAAAAUGCCCCGACACAUAGAUGUAUGCACAAAUCUUCUUUCAAAAGCAGUAGCAGCAAAGAUAGAGCAUGUUUUAAAUGAGUUUGAAAGCAUGCCCAUUGAUAUCCUCAAUAACUAUGUAAGGCCGGCAGAAAGAUUGUAUUUUGGCAAGCACGAGUUAUACGUGUUGGAGACGCUUGCAAAAACAUGCUUGACUAUUUUCAAUAGAAAUACAAGUGCGCCCCGAAGCACUGCAAAGGUAGCCACGGCUUCUGCUGGUAACAAGCUGCAGAGCGCGCUUCUCCAGAAAGAGCAUGCAGUUAUACAGGAAAUAGAGGAAUACAAGGCCAAGAAGCGCACUGAGGUGGAGGAGGCCUCGUAUUCCAUGGGAAUCAAUCUGUAUAUUACACUAGCGCAGAGGAGUAGAAAGCUGCAGCAUAUAAUAUCCUUGAUCCACUUGCUUUUCUCAGAAAACGCGCCAGAGGACAUAAUAGAGCAGAUAUCCUUGGUAGGUAUUCCAGUGGAGUCUUUUUUCCCGCUAAAGCAGCAGAUCAUCUCAAAGUACUUCCACAUGCUUUCCUGUCAGAAAAAAGACCGUCUUUGCACCCACCUAUCCAGCAUUAUCAGCCAGAUGAUACUAACAGAGCCAUUUUCUGUUGUGUAUGAUAUUCUUUUAAGAGAAAGAAGCACGAACAAAAAAAUCGCUAUACCAGACAGUGUUCGUGCACAAGCAGAGGCGGCUAUAUCCACGUACAAAACAAUUUACAAGCAAGGGCAGUCUCUGCUGCCAAUAAAUGCCUCAUUUCCCAGUAACACUCCAAUUCUUUCGCAGGAAACCAGAGGCAGUGUAGUAUGUAUCCAAUCUGUCCAGAGAAAUGCCAAAGUUCUUAGUGGAAUCAAUAAGCCCAUACUUAUAUCUAUUCUGGGGACAGAUGGCGUUGUAUAUAAGGAAAUAAUUAAAAGAAAUGACGAUUUGAAGCAGGACAUUCUUAGCACGCAGGUAUUCUCAUAUAUGAACACAGUGCUUUCGGAGUCUGUGCACACACAAAAUAUUAAAGAAAGAGUACGCACCUAUAAAAUUCUAGGGCUUGACAAGCUAUUCGGCAUAAUUGAAUUCAUAGACCAGGCUGAGCCAGUAGGAAGCGUAAUUGAGAGUCUGCACAAAAAGCACUUCCCCAAGGAAAUCAGCAGUGCGAAGUGCAGAGAAAUAAUGCAGAGAUACAUUAAUGCACCAAUCGACGUAAAGACUAAAACACUUGCCUAUCUGCAAAGCAAGUACUCUCCUGCAUUGAAAAGAGUGUUUGAAGGGAAAGGGCCCUUUGAGUAUUACAAGGAGCGGAGGUCCUUUACAAACUCCUUUUCAAUUCUCUCAAUUGCAACAUAUGUUCUUGGGCUUGGAGACCGACACCCACAGAACAUUCUGCUAGAUAGAAAGUCAAAAGAGCUGAUAAAUAUUGAUCUAAAUCUAAUCUUUGACCAGGGAAAGGCACUUUCUAUUUCUGAAAAGGUGCCGUUCCGGAUGACAAGAAACUUUCAGCAGGCAAUUCUCACAAAUAGCGCGCAGUCAUACGAAAAAACAAUGAACUCCUUUCUGGCUGCGCUAAAGGACUCAAAGGAAAACCUGCUUGUUUUUGUUUCCAUUCUAAGAAGUGAGCCUUUGCAAAGAUGGCGUGCAAUCCAGAGGGUAUCCCAGGAAAACACUCUUUUUUCGGACUAUAAAAGUAUACAAGAAAGAAUGAAGGAUAAGCUAAACGGGAUAGAAGAUGGGUUUAUACUGAGCAAUCCUGCACAUGUGCAGUGUCUUGUUCAAAGAGCCAUAGACCUUUCAAACCAAGCAUCAAUAUAUCCUGGAUGGUCUCCGUGGAUGUAG